UAAAAACAAAGCAUCUUAAGCCCCGUCCUCACGUAUCCGGAUUCGUUCGUAUCCGCAAAUAUUUUGUUGCUGUUACGCUUAUCGUCCACACGUAUCCAGCAAAAACGCCUACUGUAACUGCAAACUUUUGAAAACGGUCUCCAGAGUGGAAACAUUUGAAAACGCAUCAAAUCCAGACACGUGAGGACACACUGUAACCGGAAUGAUUAAUAAACGUUGACGUAUAUCGAUGAAAUAUAAUAUGGACCUUAAGUUCUACCGACAGCAAUGCGAACGGCAACGGCAACGUGGGUGAAAAUACGUGUACGCAUGCGCCGAUCAAAAUAGUGCCGUUCUCGCUUAGCGUGCCCGACGCCAUUCUCUUUAAUUUGACGUUGUGCGAGAACGGCAUUAAUAAAUUGCACAAACAAUCGAUGUCUUCUGAAAGAACAACAUCAAGUGUUCCUAUGAAAUGGACUGAGCUGCAUGAUGAGAUAUUUGUACGAGAAAUUUUGUUGAUUCAACCAUGGAGCAGUAAGAAAGCAUCUCCUGAAAGAGGAGAAGCAUGGAUGAAGAUAGCUACUUCAUUGAAUUCUUUGGAAACACCAACGUUUCGUGUAACUCAAAGGUCCGUACGUGAUCGAUAUGCUGUGCUUGAAAAGAAACCUAAGAAGAAAAUCUGUGAUGAAAUUCUUGCAAGUGGAAUAUCAUGCGAGGAGAAUGAAGUAGAUCUUGGCAUGGAUGAAAUUAUUACAUUGUUUCAUGAAGCUGAUAUGGAGCACGAAAGAGCAUCAAAGGAAAAGAAAAGAAAACUUGAGGAGGAAGCCAGUCAGGCAGCUGAAAUGAGACAGCAAUCCCUUGAAUCGUUUGGUGAAACUCACAAGAGAUCAGAGUUUACUGAUUCUGAGGUAAAAACUGCCAAAAGAAAACGCAGUAGUGGUUCUGACAUGGUUUUGUAUUUAAGAGAAAAAAGUGAGAGAGAGGCUGAGUUGAAGAAGAAGGAAUUGGAAAUUAUGCAGCAACAAACUGACAAAGAUUAUGAAUUAAAAGAAAAUGACAUGAAACUUAGAAAAGAAGCAAUGGAAGUAGCCCAAAAUCAAAAUAAUUCUGUGCUGAAUCAACUUAUCGAAUUGCAAAGGACUCAACAACAGCAAUUCAUGCAGUUAAUGAGGCAUCAGCAGGAGCAAAGUUCAUGCAUGAUGGCCCUUUUGAAUAAGUUAACUUCUGGAAAAUAAACAAUGACAUAGACUAUUACCAGAGAACAGCCUCCUCUUUUUGUUUAUGCUGUGAUGAUAACAGAUCAAAGUAAACUUGUUUACAAAUCUCAAUUGUUUCAGUUUUUUAAAUUAAAUAUGUAAAAAAGUAUAUGCAUUUUCAUGCUGUCUUUCAUAUUUUACAACUAUUGUGCAAAUGUUUAAAUUUUUGCAUUUAAA